GCUUUGUGCGCGCAGCAGCUGCUUCCCUCGACUGCAGUAUUUAGAAUGGUCCUGCUGAAUGACUGCAGAGACGGCCGGGGUCUCUGACGACUGUGAUUGGUCGAGGCUCGGCUUCCAGAAGACGAGUACGUGGACGCUGAUUGGCUGCUGCUCUCUUUGUGCGCGCGGCGUCUCGGCAGCUGCGUUUUGAAUGGUCCUGCGUUUGAGAAGCCGAAGGCGUCCAUGGGCAAAAGGAGUCAGGAUGGUGUUAGUUCAUGUCGGAUAUCUGGUUCUUCCCGUGUUUGGUUCAGUAAGAAGCAGAGUCCGGAGGCCGCCGCUACAUGCCGCAUCACUCCGAUUUCUCUCUCUCUCUCUCUCUCUCUCACACUCAGUCUAUCUGUCUUCCUCUCUCCCCUCUUCCAUUGUGUAGCUAUAGCGAUCGCCUCUCUGCCUGUGUUCUGCCUCCCUCUGCCUCCAUCCCCUCUUUCCAUCCGAAGACGACAUUGGCAUUUAAAAACCAAAACCAACCUUCUUCCCACUCAUCCAUGUGUUCUCUGCUGAUUUCCAUGUGACCUUCCCUCAAACCCCAUCCCUUUUCCAGUUAUUUGGCCUCUUUGGCCCCUUCCCCAAUAUUCAUUUCUCAGUUUCUCUCACUUGCCAAGCUGAAUCAUGGGAAACCUACUGUCACAAAAAAUAUAGGCGAUCUGUUCACAUCCACUUAGUCCACAAACAUCUCCAUUCGCAUCUGUCUCUUUUAUUUCCUUAAUUUAUCUCCCUAUUUCUCUCUUCUGCAAGCACAUGAUCCUUUUGUGUUACAAACAUGGCUAAAAGUCUUCAGUGCUUUACUAUCAAAUUUCACAAUAAUGGUUUUCAUAAAUGGGUUAGGUCUGGUAGAUGAUCUGUAUUAUUAAAAGUGAAUGAGUAUUUCACUGGAAGAUGAACUUUUCCACAUUUUAUAGUGUUACAAUCUGGAAUUGAAAUGGACCUAAGAUUAUACACUAUAUUGCCAAAAGUUUGUGGACACCUAUACCAAGUAGAGUUCGCAAACAUAGUUAUAGUUCAAUUAGUUGUAGUGCAACCAUCAAACGUUACAUUAGUUCAGUGGAGUUUAACUGUGUGCAAUUAACGUGAUCUCAGUAUGAAUACAACUUGCUUUUGGGAGACCCAGUGACAAAGUUUUGUUAACAUAUCAUUUUGAACUAAUCUCAGAAAUAUCCAUUAGGCACAACUGCAACUCUGCCUACAGAGCCUGUCCACCAAAAAAACCAGUGUGAGGGCAUGGAUGGCAUUAGACAGAGAAGCAAACAAGAUUUUAAUGGAAAUUUUAAAUCUGAUGCUACCACCAUUUUGCUUCAUUGUGAGGACCGUUCCCAGGGUGGUUAAAAAUUUUUGUAUCAAAAAAAAGGCCAGAAAGUAAAAAAUGAGUCAGACCAUAGUUCUGUCCAUGAUGGCUGAGUGUUCAGUUUGCCUUUUGGUAAGCCUUAAUAAGAAUCUGCUAUUCUUCCUUAAAGCCCAGCUUUCCAGCUUUAUGGAGUGUCCACACUGUGGUUGUCCAGUUAGCACUAUCAUUUCAUGGAUUUCCAAUUUGUUUUAUUAAAAUAGUUGUUUUAUUGGUGCUCUGCGAGAUUUUCUUGAGAUUUUUUUAGAACCAUUCCCUGAUUGAGACUUUUCCAGACCAUUGCCUAGACUUGUGUUAAUAGCUCCAUUGUCUUUAUGAUGCUGUUUUUUUGCAAGGCAGUGUAGUAUUUGACAUCUUGAAAUGAAGUGGUACCUUCACACCCCAGUACCUAGCCCUUUAAAGACAGCACCAUUAAGAACAAGGAGCUAUUAAAAGACGUCCAGGACAGAGUUACUUUAAUCAGAAAAACAACCCAAAGGCCAAUGUUAACGCUUGUUAUUAUUAUGCUACCACCAGCUUGCUUCACUGUGGGGAUGGUGUUCUCAGGGUGAUGAGCAGUGUUAGGGUUUUGUGCAAAGGCUGUAAGUCUCUCUGUAUGCUCUAACAGGUCUUUUGGCAGAAUACAAACAGGAUUUCAUAUGAAUCACCAAUCUUCCAUAAAGCCCAGUUUUGGUGUGUUUGAGAUGGUUGCCCUCUGAACAAUUUCUCCUGCUCCUUCAGUGUUCUCCUUAACAUCUUGCUUGCUUCUCUAAGUAAUAAUGGGCUAUUUUUUAUAUAUUCAUGAUAUAUAAUUCAAAUUAAGUCCAUUUCAGUUCCAGGUUAUAACAAAAAAUGGUAAAGUUCAAAGGUGUAAAUGCUUAUGCAAGGCACUGUACACAGUCCUGCGAUCACAGACACAUCUACAUACAUUUACAAUCCACACUCCGGCGAGUACAGCCCUAUUUAGAAAGGAACAAAAGACACAAAGGGGAAAUAAGUAGUCUAAACUGACAUUUGAAGACAGUUGCCACAUUUGAAGGCAGCAGUUUUAUGGAUGUUCAGUUCAAGUAAUUGCUUUGUCAGCUAUAUAUAAAAUGAACUAGUGGAACUCAGCAAGAUUUCCAAGCUAAAGAAAUGUGACCUGACAGACAUGUAACUUUCUAUUAUCUAAAAGUAGCUAAUAAGCUAGAGCUUAUUCAGGCUUCAGGCUAAUGAUGGAUUGACCAUAUGCUAUCAAUGUUGGCUUGGCGGGGCAACAGGUAUUUGAGGUCCUUGGUUUAAUUCUGAGGAUGGGUUACUGCCUUUUGUUCAUUUUUUAAAAAUUAAGUGUUCAAAUGGGUGUAUGUGAGAUGCCCUAUGAUGGAAUGGUAUCCCGCCCAGGGUGUAUUACUGACUUACACCCAGUUCAGCUCCACCACAAUGACAAAGCAUUACUAUGAACGAAUGAAUGCGCUAAUUAUUGGGCUAAAUAAAAUAUGACAAUAUUUAGAACAUCGUCUUUGCACUGAAGAGGGUCUGAUGCAAGCGUUUUGUGACCUUAUCUCUAAAUUUCAUUACAAAACUAGUGAAAAGGUAACGAGAGACGUUUCAACCUAUUCAGACCAUCAUGAUCAUGCAUUAUGAGUACGUUUGUCUGAAUGCGUUCUCUAAGAUCUAAAAUGUAGCUCACUUCUGUGUGAACAUUUUUUUUUUACAUUGAAAUUGAAUUGUAAAUCGUUUAAUAUAAUAAAAUAAAUGUGUGCCAGAACAUUGUAAACCCUGUCAUUGGAGUAGAGCAGUACUUUACCUAUACGUAUUUAUACUUAAUAUAUAUUUAUAAUAAUAUGUUUAAUAUUAUUCUUCUAAACUUGUAUUACUUUUUUUAAACAACAUCUAAACAUAAAAUAUUCUCCUCCAGCUUGCCAUGCUGAGAUCUGAAGGCUGUUUUUUCAGUUAGAGUAUAAAUAGGAAGAGGAGAGUUACUGCCCAAUCCUGUGUUGCAUUCAUCCUAUGUUUAUCACUGAUAACUGACUGGCAGUUAAAGACAUAAAACAGGGUUUAUCUCUGAGUUUGGAGACAGAACUUGUAAGUGUUCAGAUAGUACACCAAAAAAAAAAAACCUCUUUUAAUCAAUGAAAACACCCAAAGGAAUAAUUUUUUCUUUAGAACUUAUGAAAUACUGAGGUCUCGAUUGUUAAUUUUUUUUUUUUUUUUACAAAUAAAAAAUAAAAAGAUAUGUGAAAAAGAUAUCCAUACAUAGACACUGCAGAAGAGCAUUUUAAUCUCAUUCAACGAGCAUGCAUGGUUGUUCUACAAUACUGUGAAACAUCCAAAAAGGUUUUAAAAUUUCCUUUUAAGCAGUACUUUUAGUUAUCAGUUGCUAUGAGCCUGCUAAAAAUUCACCCUUUGCCACUACUACCAUUUUCUAAGAUUGCCCGCUUUUUUUUUAAAACACAAAAAUCUCAUUCAGUAUGCACCACAUUAAUAUAUAUAAUACAGGUAUACCAGCAAGUGACUUUUGACUUCUAAAGUUCAAGCAGGUAAGUUCGAUUUUGUGCUUUUCUGACUUUAUGUAGCUAGUGAUUGCUUGCACACAUAUUUUAGUGCAGUGUACUGUAUCUAGCAUCGCAGUUUUAAAAGAAACGUUAAAGCUAAGAUUUAAACCAUGAAAAAAAGGUUUGGAAAUUGAUUAAAUAUCCUUAUAAACCAUACACGUUUCAUGUAGUCGUAAUUUAUAUCUUAAUUGUAAAAUUAACUUAAUAAAGUGUUCAGUAUCAUACAGUUGACACUUGAAGCAUAUAACUCAAUGUCAUGAAUUUACAGCAUUUAAACUGAAAAUCGGUUUCAUGGAUUAAACGGAUUAAACCAGCUAUAAUCCUGAUAACGCCUUGGAACUGUAAUCAUUUUUGGAAAUAUGCCUCUUCAUCUGUUACCAAAUAAAGGUACUCAUUUCAGCAGGCACCAACACAGCCAUGCUACAUCCUGCCGACAUUUCCACCUGGCCACACCCCUUCCUGCUGAGUUCCCACCAACUGGCCUCGCGGCCCCACAGUACCAGGAAGUCCCACCCACUUUCCUACCUCAGGCCUUACAGCAGCAAUACCUCAUACAGCAGCAGCUACUGCAGCGCAGACGCACACAAGAGCGCGUUCCUCUCAACACACACCGGUUACGCCCAGGAUAUGAUUAUUCCCCACCCAUGCACAUUCCUCAGCCAAUCACACAACAGCCCAGAUACCUGGCAGAGGGCACAGACUGGGAUCUGAGCGUGGACGCCGGUUUGUCCCAUCAGUAUUCACUGCAGCAGAUUCCACAGCCCUACCAGCACUACUUAGCCUCUCCCAGAAUGCAUCACUUUCCCCGGAAUACUUCGUCUACACAAGUGGUUGUCCAUGAGGUAAGGAAUUAUCCAUAUCCCCAGUUGCACCUACUGGCUUUGCAAAGUUUAAGCCCCAGCCGACAUGCUUCUGCUGUACGAGAGAGUUAUGAGGAGCUGCUUCAGCUGGAGGAUCGGUUAGGCAGCGUGAGCCGAGGAGCCAUCCAGACCACCAUUGAGAGGUUUACUUUCCCUCACAAGUACAAGAAGCGGAAGCCAUUGGAUAUGAAACUGUGUGAUGAUGAGGAGGAGUCUGACGUGGACGAGAAAUGCACCAUCUGUCUCUCCAUGCUGGAGGAUGGCGAGGACGUCCGGCGAUUGCCCUGCAUGCACCUCUUUCAUCAGGUGUGUGUGGAUCAGUGGCUGGCCACCAGCAGGAAGUGUCCCAUAUGCAGAGUGGACAUCCAGACACAGCUCACACCUGAGAGCUGAAACACACACAACCAACCACCCACCCACACACACACACUGACUCAGUUCACAUUUCUGAAUUCAAGCACACAGACACACAAACACAGCUCUGCAAUGAGCACAGGAACACGCGCCUCAUGCCAACCGUUUGAAGAUUUCUAGUCACAGACACAAAACCUGUUUAUACUCAUGCCAUCAAAAGCCUAAGCAUAGAGAGAGUCACACACACAGACACUCUAGUGUACAUAAAAGCCUACACUACAUUCUCAGCCUAUAUACACAGGGUCAGUUAAGCAUUCUGCAGUGAUCUCACACACACACACACACACACACACAUACACACACACACACAAUCCAUGAAGUCCGUGAUGACAUCUCAUACAUACAAACAUACACUAAAACAAUGAGACUCUAUUACUGUUCUCUCUCUCUCACACACACACACAGGUUUUACAGAGUAAUGUAAGGAUGAUAGUACGAGUAAUCUGGUCUCUGUGUGUGCAUAUUUGUAGCAUCUGUGUGUGUGUGUGUGUCUGUGCGCGUGUGUGUGUGUGUAAUUCUAAAGCCAUGCCCCUAAUGAAAGACGUUAUACAAGCUCUAGUCAGGGUCUGCAAGAGUCAGAGCUUGCAGGCAACACACACAUAUGCUUAACUGCUGCUUGAGAGCAGGUGUGUGCAUAUUUCUUUCACGCUGCAGCUAUUUCAGUGUAGUGCGUGUGUAUGAGACUGCAUACCUUGUGUGUGUGCUUCAAUGUGGAGAAUCAUAGAAAUUAGUUAGCUGUGCACUAACAUUCUUAUAGAAAAACCAAAAUUACACACACACAAAAAAAAUCAACAAAGAAAUGAUAGCAAAAAAAAACAACAGAAGCAUCUGUCAGAAUUUAUUUAAAAGAGGGCGGGGCAGUACAUACAAUGUUUCCAAUCCAGGAAUUUAGGAGACAUGGGGAGAUUGUGAUUGGUGGGUGUGUAGAUAGGGGCGGGGCUCUCUAAUGUAGUAGCUGCAUGCCUCUGUGUUUGGGCUGUCUGUAAGUGUGUGUGUGUGAAUGUGUGUGUGUGUGUAAAAUAAUUCUGCAUGAGUGUAAAAUAGCCCCUUUAAGCUGUGAUGAUCUGUAACACUAGCAGACUGAUGUAGCGUGGGUGUGUGCGUGGGUUUGUGUGUGCGCGUGUAUGUGUUCGUAUGUGUGUGAAACCCUGCCAUGAUCUUUGACCCAAAAUGCCUACUGAAGAAGCACAUGUGAGCGUAGCUAAAGCGUCCAGCCUCACUCUGGUGCUUUAUUGCCAUGGUUAAACUAUUUAUUAUUGGUAUUUACACAUGCAGUGUUUUGAUGGGGGGGGAGAGGGGAGGGGCAGCCAAGCUUGUACAUUAAACUGUGUGUGUGUGUGUGUGCUUUUUGUGUGUGUGUGUGGGUGUGUGUGUGUGACGGGUCUCCCCUCGUGGUCGCUAUGCUGGUCGCUAUGCUGGUUGCUAUGUUGGUUGCUAUGCUGUCUUGCUAGAACAACUGUUUUAGAAUGUGCUGUGAUGGAGGAGCAUCCACCAAUUGUGUGCAAGCUGUGGGGACGGAACAAGGAUUGAAACUUUUUUAUUUUUCAUCUUGCUUUUCUCUGGUAACUUUUAGACAAACUGUCAUGGUACAAGAAUGAUUGUAAGACAGAACUUUUCUUGUCUAAAGUGUUCAAACAACUCCAUGAUCCUCUGUUUGAUUCUAACCUUGGAUUGCUCUGUAGAGUGUCACAUGUUCUCCCAUCUUUGGUUUCUGAUAGGUUUUUUGGUUUCCUCCUACCAUCCCACCUUCUGGUAGGUGGAUUAGAAAUGCUAAAUUGCCACUAGGUGUGAAAGAGAGUGGGCUGGUGAUAGACUGGUGUCCCAUGCAGGGUGUAUUCCCAUCUCGUUCCCAGUGUAUCCAUCGUGACACUGUCCAGGAUAAAAUGAUUACUUAGGACGAAUCAAUAAAUGAUGUUUUUUUUUUUGUAGUCAGGGUUUGUUGUUUUACUGCCAAAAGCAAAUAAUACAAAAGCAGAAAUCCUGUAACUGCAAAUGUUCCACUUUACCCAAAAUUUCAAGCCUCUCUCUCCGCUUAACCCAGACAGUCCCAUGUCCGAGAUAUUACUCAUGCCAUGUUACAGUGUCCAGACCAUCCUAUAUGGCUGCAACACUAAACCUCUCUUUUUUUAUUUUUUUUAACAAAAGUGCUUCCCAAUACUAAAUUUUAUUUGCUGCCAAGGAGGAUCCCUUCCUCUCCAGCCCUGCUUCUUGUGUGUUGAUUGGUGGAUGUUGGCUCGUGUUGAUAGUUUACACAGGGUUUUGUCCGUUGAAAUGCCUUAAGUAUUUAACAAUCAUAAUUUAUUACUAACUGUAGAUAUUGUGGGUACAUAUUUAAUUUUGUAUAGUUUCUUUUUUUGUUGGUCAUUUUUUUUGUGAUUUGAAUCAUAUUUUAUUUAUUUAGAGUAAACACAAAAAUGGAGUAAGACUCUUACCUCAUGUUUGAGUUGGUUUUGCAGGAAUGCUUUUCGCAUGCGGGUGGUCGUGUUUGUGCGUGUUUCUUCCUUGGUGCUGUGACCUCACUGACAUUCCGCUUGCUGACUGACCAUAUGCGGUGGCGGAGUGCGAGUGCUCUGGGUUUGAUUCGCUGUCCUGUUUGCACUCUUAGUUUUCUCGGGGCCACCCUCUCACUGGCAUAUUUCCUACCACUCUGGCAACCUCCAUUAUACUUGCCUUUAAUUUCUCUCUCUCCCUCUCUCUCUCUCUCUCUCUCUCUCUCCUCCUUUAUUAUUAUCAUUAUUGUUAUUAUUAUUAUCUUAUUUAGUUCUCUCUCUCUCUCUCUCUCUCUCUCUCUCU